CACAACAAACGAUAUAAUUAAUAACCACACGUUCGGAUAACAUUCAGACAAACUUUUCAAAAUUAUCAAGUGUCUUUACAAAAUAUUUUGUAAUGGUAUUAACCAAUGAAGAUAAAAUUGAAAUAAAAAAGUGUAUACUUGAAGAACUAACAACUAUUGUGGCUAAACUUGUGGGUCGUUGCAAUUCACCUUACGAUUCCGCUCCACCAACCUUAUGUACUCCUCGAUCCUCAACAGUAUGUUGCGUGCAAAAAUCUCCUUCGCAAGCUUAUAAGCAGUCCAGACCAGUAUCUGCACAACCAACUUCGACCAGGCGUUCACAGAUUCCACCAGACCGUUCCGAGGAUCCAGAUAAUGGUUUUACCAUAUGUUGUGAGAUACCGCGAUGUCCACCAGAUGAUACAAAUAAUGAAGAAACUAGUAGUCAAUAUAUUGUGGUUAAUACCUCGAAAUCCAGAGAAUUACGAAGUAGUAUUCUGUAUGUAGGUAGGUUGUCAAUGUGAGAGAAGGAAUGGCCUACAAGAUGAGUGCCCUCGUUUUGAAUGCCAAGGGAGUCCAGUUUGUCUACUUCCUUCACCACAAUGUGGUCCUGGUACUCAUGCUCGAGAAAAGCAGUUGGAGAAACGGAUUUCUACUACGAAAAUCGAAUCACUUGAUAUUCAUAACUGUUUUGUAUGCGUAAAAUGUAACUGACGAUAACCCAUGCUUUUUUAUGUGAUAUAUUGUACUAACAAAUUUGUCUUGCUUGAAAAUAUACAAAAUAAUUUUUCUUAAGCACACGAAAA